AUGCUUAAGAAAAAGGAGAAGCUCGAGCAAAUGCGCGAGCUUGGACGUGGAGGGCUCUCCAAGGGGCUGCACUUCCUUCGCACUGCAAAAUCCAACGCAUCCCUUGAGAAUAGUGAGGCUGAUUCCACUCUUUCUACUGCCGAGGAAGAAGGAACUACUUCUAGCCGUAUGACGUAUGAGGAGCUACUAGCGCUGAGUAUGAAGCUUACACGACAGAAUAAGCUCAUGAAGUUGCAGCAUCAGAAAACUCAGACCAAGUUAGCAGCUGCUAGCAGACACGAAUUGGAUAUACAGGCCUUACGAAGCUUCCUGGAGCUCGAGCUUGGAGUUGACGUAACUGCGUGCACCCGAACAGAUAGUACUACCAGGGGCUCAAUCGAUGUCGACGCACUGAAGACUAAGUAUCGUACGCUGGCUAAAGUAGAGCAUGAAGGUGAAGACAAGGGUCAGACAUGUGUGGAAAGCGUGAACUUGCUGGACCUGUCACCUGUCAAGAAAUACGAAGAGAUCGAUUUACUGGCGGGAGAAAAUCGCGAUGUUCCGUACGACGAUGCUCAGAUGGACGAGGCCAUGCAGCAGGUUGAAAGGAUGCGAGAACAACUAAAGCAGAGUGCACAGUAUACGCAGGAUUUGGAGCAGAAAUUGCAAGAAAGGAUUGAGCAGCAGGAACAAGUUAUGCAAGUUUUGGCUGAAAAAAAGAGAGAGAUGGAAGAAAAAGAGCUCGAAUGGGAAUCAAAAUGGAAAAAGCAGGUUGCAGAUAAUUGUGAAAAGACGAAACAGCUUGAGGAGCUAGAAACGAAGUUGCGGAACAUUUCAGUCGAGUUAGAAGCAAGUGAUAAGCAGAGAGAAGAAGUUCAGAAAGAGGAAGCAGCAACACUUGAAAUCAUGAAACAGGAAAAGAGGGAGCUAAUGGACCGUUUACACCGAGCAGAAGCUGCUGUCUUAUCAAAAGAGCAAGAGAAGCUAGGAAUUAAACACAUGGAAGCGGAGGGUGAAACACAAAUUGUGACGGAAGUGGCAAGGGCUGAUGAUGCAGAACUUGAGGAUCAGUCAGAAUUCCUGCAAACCUCUUCGGCUACUCUGGAGAGCCAAGCACAUGAUGUGAUAGCUAAGCACGCAGACAACAAGACGAACAGUACACCGCUCAAUUGUACGAAUCAAGCUUUAAUAUCCGAAGCUCAUGCGAAAACAAUGGUGGUAGCUGCUUUAGGGGCACAACAAGCUGAGCUGGACGCUGCGAAAGUCGAAAAUAAACACUUGCAAAGCAAACUUCAAGAACUACAGCAGACAGUGGCAAACUUAAAAGCUGAAAUGUCGGAUCUUGAUUCGAAAAAGGAAGUAGAAGUGGAACUAAAGGCUCUUCAGGCGGAGAACUCGCGUCUUAAUGAUCAACUGGAACAUUUGCAACAGACAGCAGCGUCACUUCCCUCAGGAACAGAAAUGGACACCAUUGAGGUGGCAGAAAAUACUUUACAAGCCGAGAUCGACCAAUUAAAAGGACUGCUUGAUGCAAAAAACAAUAGCUUUAAAGCUCUACAACAAGAAGUCGUGCAAUUUAAGGAAUUACUAAAUGCUCAGGAGGAUACCAUACAAAAGGUAAAGGUACAGGAUGGAAGAGAAAGCGCUUCAUUGAUGCAAGAGCUGGAGCGUGUAAGAUCGGAAUUGGCCGAAAGCAUGCGCGAAAGGCAGUCGAUACAGAAAAAGCUUAGCGUUGCUGAAGACAAUCGAUCGGAGGCAAGCAACAAAUAUGAUAUCGCACGGGCGCUAGUGGAUGAGCUUAAGCGAGAUACAGAUCGCUUAACUGACCAGGUUACUCAGUUCGAGAAGAAGCAGAUUGCCUUGAAAGAUGAGAUUGCUGCUUUAAGUGAAGCAAAGCUUAAACUCGAAGAGCAGAACGAUCUGGCACACGAGGCAAAGGCAGCACUUGAGAAGCAGAUGGAGGAAGAGCGAGCAUAUUGGACAUCAAAGCUUGAAAAUCUUAUCACAGCAAGUGACACAGCAAAGCGCAAGACAGAGACACUCGAAGCAGAGCUCGAGGAAAAGAAAAAGCAAAUUUUGAGGAUGUCCACAUCUCACACAUCCAUGACAUCCGAGCUCAUGGAUCUACAAAAACAGGCGAAUAGCAUGCGUGAAGAUCUCGCGAUGGCUGCUGAUAGCCUUGAAGCGCAUGCAACGAAGGCCGAAGAGUACGAGCGUCGCUCUAUAGAGAGUGAGAAAGAAGUGGCAGAGCUGAGGACUCGAUUAGACGAAAUACGCGACCGGCAUCACGAAAAUUUCGAGAUGCUGCGCAAAGAAAAGGAAGGCGAACUAGAACGCGUUCACGCUGAGCGGCGUACACUACUAGCAACAAAAACAGAGCUUUGUAAAGAAAAUGAGGAACUUCGGGUUCGUUGCAAGACGUUGGAGCGUGAGCUCGAGGCCACACGUAAGCAUGUAGAGGAACUUGACUCUUCUUUGAGGGAGAAAACUCUUCAAGUAGACAGUUUGAGUUCGGAUAUAGCAGAAACGAAAAAGUCGCUUUCUGAUCGUAUGGCACUUGCCACGAGAUUGCAAACAGAAAACAUGGGCAUGGCUGGGAAGUUGGCCGAGCAGGUGGCCCUGAUUGAAAGUGCGAUGCGCGAUGUUGCGAAGAGUAAGGCUACUCAGCAGGAAAUGGAAAACCAAGUUCAAGCUGUCAAGGCAGAUUUGGAAAGCAUGAAAAAGAGGGAGACUGCACUAAGGCAUGAUCUUGGCAAUGUUCAGCGCGAGAUGCUGGAGCAAGGAGCGAGUUUCCAACAGGAGCGUGAGGAGUCUCAGUUAGCGCUGCAAGCUGCAGUAGAGAGUGAAAAAAACAAAUUUCGCCGCGAGCUCGACCGUCUCGAAUCAGAAAGUAAAAACAAGUCGAGGUUAGCGUUGCAAGCCGUGAUGGAAAAAGAAAAGGAGAUUCUACGUCUGAGUGCACGUCUUCAUGAAGUAGAAGAGGAUGUUCGCUCAGGUGGUGCAGACAAUCGGAAAAUUGUAGAACUAGCCCAAUUACAAGCCAAACGCGAGGUCGAACAACGAGAACAAGCAGCACAAUUGCAGGCUCUCUUUCAGCAGCUUGAAGAAGCACAUCAUCAGAUCCAGGAACUUCGUGAAGAUAAGCGUCGACGUGCAGAGGAGCUGACAGUGAUGCUGCAGAACCAGCGACGAGACGGUGUCAAUAUGGAGUACUUGAAGAAUGUGGUUGUUCAGUACAUGUCUUUUCGUCCUGGAACCUCCGAGCAAGCGCGAUUGGUGCCAGUUCUUACGACAUUACUGCAAUUUACGGCUAAAGAUAUCAAAGAGAUAAAUCGCGCUGCUCGUCGCGGCAAUAGCUGGACAUCCUGGAGAAGUAAUGACUACAGUCUUGAAUACAAGCCCAUUGUCGUGGGUUCUGUGGAUUGCCACUCGACUGCCUCGCCCUCGUCAACAUCACAAGGUAACGGCGAGCAAUUGUCUUCGUUUAACAGAAAGGGAUCAGCACCUGUGCCUCGAAUAUCACCACCCGCAGAGCUACAUAUGAAAUUGUCUCGAGCGUCCAGCUUCGUAUUAACCGAUGGCGAACCUCAUAGCACGUCCACAGCGAGUGCUGACUUUUGA